AUGACCAGAGAGACUAGAUCGAAGACCCCAGGGUCUUCCCUCAGUGGCGCCAACUCGGAACCAGACGCUGGCACCAGUGAGGGAGGGCAGCCAACAGAUUCGAAUGACCUUAGUGCUGAGAUAACGCUCAUGAGACUAAAGAUAGAACUCGAGAAAAUAAAACUAGAGCAGCUCAAAAUAACGGGGCAGCCUCAUGAAGAGAACACUCGGGGUACGGGGGGAGUCGGAAGGUAUGCAAAGGAGCUACGUGCGGUGCUGGCGCCAAUGCCCGAGACGGACGAAUUGGUACCUGCAUGGUUUAAAGGCGCUGAAACAAUGUUGGCAAGUUGUGAGGUUGCACAGGACCUACACGGGGCACUCAUCCUGUCAUUUCUAAACGAGAAAGCGAGCGCCGUUGUGGCAAACAGAGCAGAGGGACGGGUAUUGCAGUACAAGGAGCUACGAGACAUUAUCCUCGACGAGCUCAGGAUGACUCCGGAUGAGUAUAAGUGGAGGUUUCAUGUCGCACGCAAACAAGAGGAGGAGUCGUGGGCACAGUUCUCUACCGAACUGAAUACCAUGUUCGGGUACUACAUGGAGAGCCGCAAGGCAGAGACACUAGAUGAUCUAAGGCAGCUGAUCAUUUCAGAUCGGCUAAAGCAUGUCAUGUCGGAUGAUGUCCGGGCCUACGUACUUCAGAAUGAAACCAAAGAAUGGCUAAGGCCAAAGGAAGUAGCGGAACUUGCUGAGAAAUUCGAAGAGAGUCACCACGAUCGAAACUGGGAGCCCCAGAGGGCGGCCGAGGAGCCACAGGUGAACAUGCGCGGUGGGCCUGCGGAAGUUGGGGGCGACCAGCGAAUGGUUGAGAAACCUCGACCGCAAGGUGCUUUUCGUGUGGGAGGCUGGGGCACCUGA